AUGAGCCAAUUUUCAAGGGCAGCGUCCCUGCCGUUGCUUGAAACGGCGGAACUCCUUCGAAGUGGUUUACCAAAGACUAGAUUUGGGGUUUCCCUAAGAGACUUUAUCGAAUGGAACAACAUGAUGAAUGCUAGAAGUUAUAACUUCUUCGCUAAAAGACCCACAAGACAACGAAAUGAAGUGGGGAGGUUACAACCGUUGUUAUCCCACUGUAUGGCCAGAUGGCUACAUGUUGAGUACAAACUCAACUACUACCCAUAUUAUGAUCUGAAUGUGGUAAGUAUAUAUACAGACUUGCAUGAAGCUAUUGAGAAUGCGGAACAAACCGUAAAUUACUUCAAGAAUUGUAGUAACGACGAUGUAUAUGGAAGGCUAAACUAUUACUUGGUGCCUCUUUACGACACCACAACGGAUGCAAAAUCGCUAGCCCGGCCACCAAGUAAUCCCAAGAUAAGAAUAAUGAAGGAAGGAAUACUUUCCAAUUACGGACGCUAUAAGAUUGAGGAUCCUGUGUUUGUGACCAUGGUAAACGAUGUGAUCAAGUAUUUGCCCUGUGAUCUUGUGCAGUACAACGACGAUCUGAAGAAAUGGCAACAGGCGUAUAUUGAGUAUGAUCCUGUUGACGGAUUCAUCAAACAAGAGUUCCGUGAGAUGGAUUAUUGGUGCCAUAUGACUGCAAAGCUUUUGCAACUUGACCAGGGGUACCAGGGAAGUGAGUUAUACAUCACUACCAGAUUGGUAAACCUAUUCAUGCAGUUGCACCAAACGCUGCCUGAACACAAACUAUUUAUCAUAGACGAUCCUCAGCGAUGGUUGCCCAGUGUUUCUACCAUUAUCAAGAUGAUGAUGGGAUGGAAGACCUACCCAAUAACGCAAGCAAACAUUUCUACAGAUUUGUACAAACCCUGGAAUAAGGAAAAUUUUCCUAGGAGAGAGAGUUCAACCUUCAUUACAGACUUUUCGCAAGUCAAGAGCUUGUAUACGGAGAUCACUGAGGGAUCGAAGACCUUGGAAGCACAGGAUCUUCGAGAUUUUGCGAAUGAAUGGAUGGACGUUAAGGAAAGUAUAGAAUUAAUGGACAAGAGCGGGAUGAGCGCGGAAUAUGUCAAAACAUCUUUCCAACCACUAAACGAAACAACGCUAGGAGUGAUUAGAGGCUAG